CACAUCAAUCCCCAAUUUAGUUUCAGUUCAGAAUCAACAGUGGAAAAAAUCCAGAAAAAUAUAAGUUAUUAAUAUAUUUAUAUACUCCAAGGGCGACUUUCAUCAAGAUCAUCCGAGUAUGAAUCCCAAUUCGCGUAUGUGUGUGCCCCUCUUCAUUCUGUUCGCGUUGAUCCUGGCCACCAUUUGGGGGUUUAUCAAUCGGGAGGACCUGCUUGGAGCGUACCAUAAGCAGUUGCAUGGCGAUGCAAAUGUAGUUGGUGUUGAGUGGAUGGAUAAGCUGGCACAGCUUACGGAUCCUAUUAAUGCAGUCAUUGCCAUGGCCGCCAAAGACACACACAAGAACAUAUCAAAGGAUAACGUAGCAACCAUUCAGCCUUUGUAUCAGUACUCAGAUGAGAACGAGAACGAGGCGGAGGAGGAGGAGGAAGACAAGUUACUAAUGCUGCAAGAGUACCCGCAGGAGGAGGACGAUGAACCAGAGGAAAAAGGAUCGACUAAUCACCCAUUGAUGGCACCAUCACAAGACGAAAAACUGCGCAAGUUGCUUGCAUCCCCCGAUUCAGACUUGAAGCGUGAGUUUGCCAGCGACAAGGCCAAUCCCUAUAUAGAGGGUAUCAAUGAGAAUUACGAACUCUCUUCCAAGUAAAUGGAUGCCCCCAACUACAUAUACAUACAUAUAUAUUUUUUCUUGUAUACCAUUCCAAUGCGUUAACCUUCAACUGAGAAUU